AUGGACUGCACUGAAGUGUCACCUGAUUGUCCGGUCGAGCUUAGCUUUUACGGAGCGUUCCUAUCUAAAGGCGCUGCCAUAUUCUUUGGUGUGUCAUUUCUUCUUCUACUUCUCACCCAAUUUUACUUUGGCUACAAAGCCAGAACGUGGUCCUUCAUGAUAUGGCUCGCUAUCGGUACCGGUUUUGAGGUUGUUGGCUACGCUGCGCGUAUGCUCAUAGCUGGCGACCCCUUCGAAACGAACUAUUUCAUCAUUCACCUAAUUACCCUGCUGCUCGCGCCGACACUCGUUGCUGCCGCGAUAUCUAUAACUUUCAAGCGCCUCGUGCUCUGGUACGGCCCCCAGUGGUCACUUCUACGCCCUUCCCUAUACCCCUGGGUCUUCGUAGGCACCGAUUUUGUGUCUAUCUUCAUUCAAGUCAUUGGAGGCGGCGCUACAGCAACUGUGGCCACAGGAUCCGGCAAUGAAGCCGUUCGAAAGCUUGGCGAAGCAAUGAUCAUCAGCGGUGUCGUCUUUCAGGUUGUCAACAUGCUCUGUUGUAGCACGUUGAUGCUUGUCUACGUUAGGCGUCGCAAGAAGGCAUUGAUCGAAGGGCCCGCGGAGAUAGGUUCGGACCAGCAACACCUCAACCCGACCAACCGCGGCGUGAUUCCAUUAUCUCGUAGCGAGGCUACGGAUCGAGAAGCUCGUCGGGUUACCCUCUUCGUCUACGCCAUUGCUGUUGCAUAUGCUGCCAUAAUUAUCAGAUGCUGUUACAGAAUCGCAGAGAGUAUCCCGGCCAUUGCAAAGGACGUCAUGAGAAAUGAAGCAGUAUUCCUGCUUCUAGAUGGAGCUAUGAUUCUUGUCGCCAUCGGCUCCGUCACCGCGUUCCACCCCUACAAGUUCUUUCCAUAUCUCGGUAUGAAAACGCCCAAGGAAAAGAAUAUGUCUACACAAGAGGGCUAUCAGCUGGGCAAUAUGUAG